UCCAGCCUUUUCUUCUUUUUCUUCUUCUUCUUCCUUUUCUAUCUCUCCUCUCUUCUCCUCCUUCUCGUCUUUGGGAGAGGAGAGAAAGUAUUCUGAUUUAUCAAACUAUCCCUCGUCAUCGCAUCCGACAACAGAUUCACUCGUUUUUGAAACAUGCGGAGGAUGAUUCACAGUGACGACGACUUCAGAGACCGAGUUGAGGACGCGGCAAACGCCGAGGCAUCGACAGACGGCGAGGAGAAGCAGGGCAUGAGGAAGGGGCCAUGGACGGCGGCGGAGGACGCCCUUUUGAUAGAGUACGUGAACAAGUACGGCGAGGGGAAUUGGAAUUCCGUGCAGAAGAACUGCGGGUUGACGAGAUGCGGCAAAAGUUGCAGGCUGAGAUGGGCCAACCACCUCAGACCCAAUCUCAAGAAAGGUGCUUUCUCUGAGGGAGAAGAACAGUUCAUCGUCGAGCUUCACGCCAAGCUCGGAAACAAAUGGGCUCGCAUGGCUUCCCUGUUACCUGGGCGAACUGACAAUGAAAUAAAGAAUUUCUGGAACACGAGAGUGAAAAGACGCCAGAGAGCUGGGUUGCCUCUGUAUCCUCCAGAACUCGAAGAAGAAGCUUCUCUGCAUCAUCUUAACCAAAACCACCAAUACCAUGCACCACCGCCUCUCCUAUCUUCCUCCGACAAACUCCAUAAGCUCACUGGCCAGCUAAGCAAUUACGAUUCUGCUGAUACAACUCAUGGCAGAAGCAAUCAAUGCCAUCAAAACAUGGGCUUCCCAUUACUAUCCUCCGUUUCGGCAUACGGGUUUCAAUAUUCCGGUGGAACGAUGACAGAUAUCUCUUCAACCCAAUCGGAAACACCUCCUUCGUCCUACAGUACUACUAAUGGGGUUCGCGGCUUGAUGGGAGGUUCCACCAUUGCUCCUGGCAUUGACUACUAUGAUGUCGCGCCUUUGUCGCCAUCAACAGAAGGAAACAGUGGGCUCCUGGAUGCUGUACUGUUGGAGUCUCAAGAUCUUUCUCGCAGGGACAGUCGCAAGUCCAAAACUAAUGAUUCUGAUGCAGGAAGGAAGUUAUCCAUGAAGAGGAAACGCAAUGCGGACGAGGAAGACAAAGACAUUGAGCAAUUGCAGUCAGAUGGGAAGAAUGGAGAAUUCCCGAGAGAUGAUUUAAGCUCUCAAUUAUCCACAGAGAAGAAGGCAGUUGCGCUUGAUGAUCCAUUGGACGGAAUGAGUUCUAUGGACGAUGACUUGAUUAGCUUGUUGAACAAUUUUCCUUCAGAAAUGCCGGUGCCUGAUUGGUACCGGAAAGGAGAGAGACAUGCUUUGGAGCUUGAAAAUCAACAAGAUACAUCACUGGGCCGACCUGAUCAGCAGCUCGCUUGGACCCUCGGAGGAACCUGUUGGAACGACUUGCCUAGUACAUGUACAUAAAUAUAUAUUGGCAUGUUGCUUCCCGAAACUCGGAAUUGAAAUAUGAAAAUGACAGUAUGUAUACAGUAAAAGAUCAUAUUGGCAAAACAGGAAAACUAAAAAAGAAAAAAUAAAGGUGUGUUAUGUCGAUUAGAAUGUAGAAGGAUAGAGAGCGUAGUGUACAUGCUUAAGCUGGUUGAAGACCAGAAUGAGAUGAUUGUGUUGAUUAGGUGGCUGGCUUAUGUAGGUCCGGAGUUAGAGGCUGUAUUAGGAUUGAGGUUGAUAGACAAAGCUCCCCUCACCCACUUGAGGAUUUUCAUCUGUAGAUUUGUAGAGCUUGAUGUGUUUGGAGUGUGUGUGUGUGUGUGUAAAGAAAAUGAGCUUGUAAUGAAACACCUAUGUCAUUAAGUGAAGCUUUAGACUUUUGAUUUUCA